GCCAGGCCAAGCCCAGGCCCAGGUGAUGGCCUGACCAGGGCUUUGGCCUAGGCUUCAGUUUUGCAAAGCCUAAGCCACCAGCCCAAGCUGUGGCUUAGAAUUAUGUAAGUACUGCGCAGGAGCCUCAUUGUCAACUCUAUUUUUGUCAUUUUCUUGCUUCUCUUUAGUUCUCACUUCCUAGUCCAUCAUACUGUAGGGUAUGUCAGAAUGACAGUGACAGAAAAACAGACAUCACCUGCCAUAUCAUAUUGUGCUGUUUUCAGCAAUCUAUGCACCUCUCAAGUCCUACUUUGUGCUGCAGCUUUGUGAGCUUGAUGGAUUCUUGAACAAGUUUCAGUCGUUUAUAAAUGUGCAGUUCUCACCAAUGGCAAAGAUGAGCCACAUGUUGUGUGUCCCAUACACAAAAUCAAACCCACUGCUGCCCUCCUUCAACACUCAGAGAAAGUGGCUCUUCCCUCCCAAACAAAAGCUAUCAAUGAUUUCCAUGCAGCUGAGGCUGCCAAGCAUGCUUCAGAGGUUUCUCAGCCUGCUGCACUCACACCACCUGUACUAGCCACACAAUUAGCACCUCCCCCAUCCAACAAACAUGUGCAUCCUGAUGAUGCCCCCAAUAAUGCCCUUGAUGAUGAUGAAUCUGG